CUCUCACAAGCAGAGGGAGCCAUGCGGUAGCCAUGCUUCUCUGCCGCCAUGCGGCAUAUUCCGCGCCGGCAGACCACGGUGUUCACUGCACUCCUGGCUUGCGCUGCUUGCGCUGCUUGUGCUUGCAUUAUCACGGCAGGUCAUCUUCUGGCUUUUUCGACCUGGCAAUGCCGGACACGUGUGGCACCGUCCCGACUGUCGCGAGUGUGCUUACACGCCAAAGGUCCAGGGAAAGGGCCAGAUGUGCGAGCCCUGCUCGAGAGGGCUGGCCUUCUACCGCCCAAGCCCACAGAAAAGUGGGUUCCAGAGGAUGAGGCCAUACAGUUUGAGACACCUCUGGAUCAACUGAAGCAAAAUAUCCAAGACACACUCAUCACACCCAAUCAGGAAGCCUUGGUUCCUGAAGGUGAAGAAGUGGAGUUCGAAACGCCUCUGUCAAGCCUGAACAAAGGAGUCUGGCAGCUAGAGGAGGACAUCGGAACUCCAUUGGAUUGGAUCAAGCAGUCCUUACCGCAGGAGCAACUGGUACCUGAAGGAGAGGAGCUUCGAUUUCAGGCCCCGUUGUCCUUCCUUUUCAGAGAAGACGAAGAAGUGGAGUCUGAAGAAAUGUGGUCGGAUCUCAUUGCUCCACUGGUGAAAAUAGAUUCCGUAGACACAAUGAAUGAGAGCAACUACCUCACCGUCACACUGCAAAAGCCGUUGGGGGUGACAGUGGAGGAGAACCCACGAGAGCUUGGCGGCGGAGUGUCGAUUGUGGCACUUGAGGGGGGCUCCAGGGCAGAAAAACUGGGCCUUCAGCCUGGGUUUCAGCUUCUUGCAGCUGGCGGUGUUGCAGUCCACGGUAUGUCGUUGGCAGAGGCCAUUCGGCCAAUCGAAGUUGCAGAAGACAAGGUGCAACUCACCUUCUUCAAUGGAAGCGCUGAAGCGUUUUAUGGCCUGCUCGGCCCAAAGCCCAGUUGGCUGUCUGCUUUCCUGCACAAGUUGCACAUCAAGCAUUUGGCCUGGCAAUGGCAGGAGGGGCAGACGCCGAAGGGUCGCACCUGGAGCUGGGCCUUAGAACUCCUGGACGAGCUUCGCGACAGCGGCGCCGACGAAGAGACCUACUCUUCCGCCAUUUGCGCCGCCAUGGAGGCGUGUCAGAAAGCUUCACGUUGGCAGCCAGCGCUGUCCCUGCUGAAUGAUCUACGGCAGAUGCCAAAAACACCAGAUUUGGGCCCUUACCGUGCUGCACUGGUAGCAUGUGAUAGAGGUGGGGAGCCGCUGCAAGCCAUGUGGCUGUUGGAUGAGAUGAAAGCAAAGGACAUUGAACCUGAUGCCGCCAGCUAUGACAGUGCCAUCAAUUCCUGCCGCGCAGUGCUCCGCAGCUUGCAAGCACAGUCUAGCGUGUUGCCCACCAUCCCAGACCCCAGACCAAAGCGUCGAGGGAGACGGAACAAGCGGAAGCUCUUGUGAUCUCACAGCAAAA